GGACCGUGGCCAAUUCAAUCCCCCGAGGCUACUUCAGUCCCACCGCAGCCCUGUCACGUCCGGAAGCCUGGUCCUCCUUACUGACAUCACCCGAGCGCUUCGCUUACUUUCCACAGAACUCUCCUGCCCUGCUGCAUCCCCACCUACCACCUACCCCGGUGGCCCCCAGCCUCAAACUUCUUUCUGCUUCUUUCACCCUGGUUUACUUCACCCCCUUCACAAGUAAAGAUAGGGAGUCCCCACUCGUGCCUCUCGCCAAGUGAACUAGCGACAAGUGGGGGCUGACCGCUUCCUGGUCGCUCCCUUCUUUUGUCUUUCCUCUCCUGGCAGCGCCAGCCUGGGGACUCCCUAGCCAGGAAACUUAAUUCACUCUCUCUUGCUCCCUGUCCCUCCCCCACUAGAUCCAGCCCUCCCAAGAGAGAGGGAGAGCGAGAGCAAAGCAGCCCGCAUCUGCUGUUUGUCUACAGCCAGAGCUUCAGGUAGCCGCCUCUCCUCCCCUAGAGCCACUAGCUCCGCGCUCGCAAGUCACUGUCUCCCCAGCUCCUUGCUAACAAGGACAUCCAUCCGGAAACUUCCAUAGAUCAUCUGAAGGGGAAAAGGGGUGCUUGUGCCAGACCCUUUAGUACUUUUUACACCAAGAUAAUGUAACAUCAGAUUCCACCUUUUGGGAGAUUUCACCAUGGGAGCAAACAACUCCAGCAAGCCUCCAGUGUUUGAUGAAAAUGAAGAUGUCAACUUUGAUCAUUUUGAAAUUUUGCGUGCCAUUGGGAAAGGCAGUUUUGGAAAGGUCUGCAUUGUACAGAAGAAUGAUACCAAAAAGAUGUAUGCCAUGAAGUACAUGAACAAACAGAAGUGUGUCGAGCGCAAUGAAGUAAGAAAUGUCUUCAAGGAACUUCAAAUCAUGCAAUGUCUGGAACACCCCUUCCUGGUUAAUUUGUGGUACUCCUUCCAAGAUGAGGAGGACAUGUUUAUGGUGGUAGAUCUUCUGCUUGGUGGCGAUCUGCGUUAUCACCUGCAGCAGAAUGUCCGUUUCCAAGAAGACACUGUGAAACUCUUCAUUUGUGAGCUCUCCAUGGCACUGGACUACCUCCAGAGUCAACGCAUCAUCCAUAGGGAUAUGAAGCCCGACAACAUUUUACUUGAUGAGCAUGGACAUGUGCACAUUACAGACUUCAACAUUGCUGCCAUGCUGACCAAGGAAAUGAAAAUCACCACAGUUGCUGGCACCAAACCUUAUAUGGCCCCUGAGAUGUUCAACUCAAGAAGACAAACAGGAUACUCCUUUGCUGUUGACUGGUGGUCCCUGGGAGUGACUGCUUAUGAGCUGCUGAGAGGCCGGAGACCAUAUCAAAUUCGCUCUGGCGCAUCUACCAAUGACAUUGCUCACAUGUUUAAGACAGCAAUUGUGACCUACCCAGCUUCAUGGUCAGUGGGAAUGGUGACACUGAUGAAAAAGUUGCUUGAACAAAACCCUGACCACAGAUUUUCUCAGCUAUCAGAUGUCCAGGACUGCUCCUACAUGUCAGAUGUGAAUUGGGAUGCAGUUCUGCAGAAGAGGCUGAUUCCAACUUUCAUUCCUAAUAAAGGCAGACUGAACUGUGAUCCGACCUUUGAACUUGAAGAAAUGAUUUUAGAGUCCAAACCUCUGCACAAGAAAAAGAAACGACUGGCAAAGAAAGAGAAGGAUACCAGGAAAUGUGACUCCUCCCAGACUUGCCUUCUUCAGGAGCAUCUUGAAUCAGUCCAGAAGGAAUUCAUUAUUUUCAACAGAGAAAAGGUAAGAAGGGAACAUAAUGAGAAGCUGGCACAAGCCAAAGACCCAGAAGAUGGUCAGAACAACAACCUGUGAGAUCUGCUCCAUCCUCUUUCCACAACAUUAAUCAACCGCUGGGCCACGUGCUUCUGAAUCCUCCAUUUAGAAUGCUCAGACAGUAGUUCUCACCUGCCCUCCCCUCCACUCACAAAUGCCCAAAGCACUGUGGUAGAGCACUAGACCAGAAGCUGGGAGACCAGGGGGUCUAGUGCCAGUUCUGCCACUAAGCAAUGCUGUGUGACCUUAGGCAAGUCACCUCCCUUCUUUGGGGCUCAGUUUCCCCCCAUCUGUAAAAUUAGAUAAUCUGUUACAAAUCCCUAUUAUUUCUAAUAGUCUACAAUUCCAAAUAACAUUGAAGGUUUAUGCUUUAGUGUCGUUCAAAGAACACCGGAGGACUUAGACUAAGAAAGAUCUGGGUUCAAAUCCCAGAACUGACACACUGUGGCUAUUGGUAAAUGGCUUUACCUUCCUGAGCCUCCAUAGAUAAAGGGGGUAAUAAUAUUUACACUACCUAUUUAAGACCUACCUCACAGGGUUGUUGUGAGGAAAACACUAUAUAGUUGUGAGUUAUUAUAUUUAAUCCCUUUUCUACUCUUUGCCUUGUAGAAAAUGUAGGGAUUAGGGUGAAGCCCUUCCGUCCUAGAAAACUAACAAAAGGGGAUUAGAAUACCUUAGCCCAUCUGAGCACAAAGUAGAGGAUUGAUUUUGUUCAGGAAAAAAUAAUGGGACUCAAUCAACCAUAAGUAUCUAUGUGAAAGAGAAGCCCCAAAACAGGGGCCUUCUCACAGUAGCAUGGCCCUUCAGCACUAACCAUCUCAUUUAACUAGGGACUAGAUGUCAUCUGAUUAAGUACCAGGAAAUACCAGACAAGAAUAGCCUGAUGUAAAACACACCUACAGUGUUGUGGUGAUACAUGGGGGGCCUGGGACGUGUAGAGAAGUUUGAUGUGAUGUCUAGCAGGAUGUCCUUCAUCUUGACCAAGACACAAAGAAACAGUUUCCCUUUCUUGCUAAAUUCAUCAACCAAUUCUAGGGCAAGUUGGUGACUGAUCAAGGGAGCAGUCAUUCUAGGGGUAGGAUGGAUAGAAUUAGGGCCUGUGAGAAAGACAGAGAUGGGAGUAGGGCUGGAAAGACUUGGAAAAUGAGAGUGCUAGCUGGCUUCACUCCUGUAGAGCAUAUGGGUGUGAAGUGGGGACUCAACAUCUGCUUAGUGUUUUAUGGCUUUCAAUUCACUGAACUACCAGGCCUUAAGUUACAGUGGUGGUAGGAAGAAGAGUCUCUUUUCUUGCCAUUUAAAAAAAAAUGAAGUGUAUUUACAAGUGUAUCUUUUUAAAUAUUUGUAAAAACAACCACCACCAAACAAAACACCAUCCACCACCACUUGUGUUCCCCUCCAAGUACAAAGUACAUCAAGUGAGAUAAUGUAUGUAAAACACUCUAUGAAUAGGAUCUCUUAUUCAGGGAGUUCUCUCCAAACACCAGCCCUUGUCCUAAUGCAGUCUGUUCGGGACUGGAAUAAAGUCAUCAGCAGUGAGAAAGAGACCAGACUCUGGUUCCAAAUAGGAAAGGCCAAGAGUUUCCAUGGCCAUUUGUAAUUCAAGCCAAACUAUGUGUUUUGGUUGCUCUGACUCAAGCCCCAAAGGUCAUAGAUUUUUUUCUUCCCUGUCAAACAUUUCUUCUUGGUUAAACAGUCCUGUUGAAAGAACUUCCUAAGGAAUGUUUCGGGAACAAACAUCUUACCAAAGGGAAGGAAGGCAAGCCAUUUGGCUCAUCUUUCACUAACUUGUCUAGUUCAUGUCACUAGAAUGUCUGAACCAGGAGAGGAACCUUAUAAAACAUCCAUAAUUCAUAUUCCUAAGUCAACUAGUUUUUAUUUCUAAUAAGCUGCAUAUGGACCUGGAAUGGUGCCACUAAUUUUUAAGAAUUAAGAUUCACUAGAUGGACACUCACAGACCUGGAUGAGGCAAAAAAGUCCUCCCUGGGCCCUUAUUAGCCUGCUUAGACAGUCGUUUACCAAAAAAUAAACAAGUUUUGUCAGUGUUGGUAUCACCUCCAGAAAAUUGAUAUAAGAAAGUCUCCUAAGAGUUUCUCAUUGCUGAGCUAGUGCAUUUCCAGGCUUUUACAAAACCUUAUUUCUGGUUUCUUGAAUAGUUGUCAGUAACACUGAGGCCCUUCUGUUCUAUUCCAUGAGUCAGAGGUUAAAACCAACCAACACCUUCCUGAGGCUGAGGCAAAUAUACCCACAACUCCUCACAUUCCACUAGAAUGUAAACUCCUUGAGGCCAAGGAAUGCUUGUUUUAUUUUAUUUUUGUAUCCCCAGUGAUCGUCCUGGUGACUAGCACAUGAGAGGUCCUUGAAUUGGCUUGAAUUGUACUACCUUAGGUUUUCUGGGGCCUAUAAUUCCCUGGUUCAUGACUCCUUAAACUUGAAUCUGAGAGUUCCCAUCUUGGAGAAGAAAGGGAUCGUGGCAACCAUCUGUGACAUAUGUUCCUGAAAAUGUUAUUAAUGUUGUCUUAUCAUCUCCACCAGUCAUUGUAAAAAAAAAAAAAUGACUUUAUCGGCUUACUAUGUUUAUAAGGUUGGAACACAUUUCUUCUUCAUAGCACUGCCAAUAUGCCAGGGACUGCAUAUUGACUUAGGCAGCAUGGAUAGGGUAGAGGGGGCACCCUACUGACGAUAGGUUUUGGAUCUUGAUAUAAAACCCAUGCCAAUGGGCCGUGACAACUUUAAAUUGCUAAGGGAGCCCUGGCUAAGACCAGAGAUUAUGGCUGGAACCCAAAGCAAAGGGUAAUGGAAAGAACGCAGGGUUUGGAAUCAGAAGUCCUUGGCUUGAGUCCUGGGUUUGCCAUUUAUUAGCUGUAUCACCUCCAAAAGACCAGUCACUUCCCCUCUUUAUUUCCUCAUCUCUAAAACAAUGGGCUAGAGUAGGUGAUUUUGAAGCUCGUGUCACUUCUAACAUUCUAUGACUUUGUAAGUACUCACCUUGAUGUUGCUGCAGAAUUCUUCCAUGUUCAUGACCAGUCAGUGAAGUAGGCAGCAUGAUUAUUACCAUCCUUGUUUUAUGAAUGGGGAAAUUGUGUAUCGGAGAGGUCAUACAGUCACGUAGGUAGUUAAGUAUCCAGGGUGGAACUAAACCAACUCAACCCGUUUUCCUGAUUCCACUCUUUCUUCUACAUCGAGAGAGGGCUAAGAUUAGUUUAGAGUAGUCAGGCAGCCCUUUGUUGGGAGAAUUAUCACUCGCAGCUGUAGAAAGUGACCAAUAUUACCCGUCAUUGUAGUUCCCUUUGAUCAUUUGGCAGAUUAAAAAGGAAGCAGGAGGAGCAGCUAGGUGCCACAGUGGAUAAAGCACCGGCCCUGGAUUCAGGAGUACCUGAGUUCAAAUCCGGCCUCAGACACUUGACACUUACUAGCUGUGUGACCCCUGGGCAAGUCACUUAACCCCCAUUGCCCCGCAAAAAAAAAAAAAAAAAAAAAAAAAAAAAAAGGAAGCAGGACAGAGAUCUUCCAGAGGACUCUCCCAGUAGAUAAACUUUGGUUUUGCUCCAGCAUUUACACGAUAAGGUAGGGAGAACUGUGGGAGCUGAAGGGAAGAGACUGAAGAGCUGUAUAUCUCUGUUGUCCAUCACCAAGAUGUCAGGGCACCAUAUAAACUUGUUUUUUAAUAGCCAUCUGCCAUGCUCACUUGUUCUAAGUUAAAGUACUGUCUGUCUGUCACUAAUGGAAUAAAAAGUCGAAUGUCUUAUUUUCUGCUUGGUUAUGUAUGUGUGUCUAAUUCUUCCUGAGUUCUCUCAAUGGUGACCUAGAGACCAAGUACCUCUGGGGAGCUGUAGUAAUUGUAACCUUGAACAAAAAGUAGAACCUAUAUCAGAU